AUGAAGGCCGUUGUUGAGUUAGCUAAGCGACUUCGACCGUCGUUUGUUAACGGAAAGUGGCGCGGUGCUGCGAUUUCCGCAAAGAACCGCGCACGGUUGCGACAAGAGACUCUUCUGGCUGGCGAGGAAUGGCCUUAUGACGCUCCACGGAAGGAGAUGAGCACCAAGAUAAAGGGCCACAAGCAUGAUAAGGAGGCAGCAAUGAGGCAGGAGAAGAUUGCAGAGAACAUGGCCAAAAUGCCCGAAUUGCUCGAGCAAAUGAAGAAGCGGCAAAUAGAGGCAAAGAGAAAGUCCCCAAAGAAGCAGUAA